CGAAUGUACAUCCAAAAUCCCUGAAAAUCUCUCUCCCGCCAUGAACACUCUCUCCAUUCUCUCACUGUCACACUAUUCCUCACUCUCCAUUCUCACCUCCUCAACUCUCUACAGAACCACUCUUUUUCCCCAAACCUUCAUUUCUUCACAAACCUUAGGGUUUUGUUCUCCCAAAUCACUUCGCACACCAAAUUCACCUCGAUUCAAAGCCUCAUUCAACUCUCCGAGCUCACUCUACCCCAUAGAACCGCAACUCUCCGACGAUGAGGAAGAGGAGGAGGAAGAAGAAGAAGACGAAGACGACGAUGAUGACGACGUGGCUGCCGAUGAAUAUGACGUCGUUUCCGGCGAAGCAUCUGACGGAGUUGGAGUUGAAGUCGAGCUGAGCGACGACGAAAUCGGCGGAGCUUCGAUCGCCGUAGAAACGGAGGUGCUUACUCGGCACGAGGAAUUCAAGUGGCAGAGAGUGGAAAGGCUUUGCAACGAAGUGAAAUUGUUCGGCGAAGAUAUAAUCGACGUUGAUGAGCUCGCUUCGAUUCACGAUUUUCGCAUCGAUAAAUUCCAGCGAUUGGCAAUACAAGCAUUCUUGAGAGGCUCAUCGGUGGUGGUUUCUGCGCCGACGAGUAGCGGAAAGACUUUGAUUGCCGAGGCGGCUGCGGUGGCGACGGUCGCGAGGGGAAGGAGAAUCUUCUACACUACUCCGCUCAAGGCAUUAUCCAAUCAAAAGUUUCGCGAAUUUCGUGAGACGUUUGGAGAUAGCAAUGUCGGCCUUCUUACAGGGGAUUCUGCGGUGAAUAAAGAUGCUCAGGUGUUGAUUAUGACUACGGAGAUUUUGCGCAAUAUGUUGUAUCAGAGUGUUGGAAUAAUUUCUUCUGAUAGUGGACUUUUCCAUGUUGAUGUGAUUGUUUUGGAUGAAGUUCAUUAUCUGAGCGACAUAUCUCGGGGUACGGUGUGGGAAGAGAUAGUUAUAUAUUGCCCAAAAGAAGUUCAACUUAUAUGCUUGUCAGCAACAGUUGCAAAUCCAGACGAGCUUGCUGGUUGGAUUGGUCAGAUUCACGGCAAAACAGAGUUGGUAACAUCAUCAAAGCGUCCAGUUCCAUUGACUUGGCAUUUCUCUAUGAAGACCUCUUUGUUACCUCUUCUGGAUGAGAAAGGAACUCGAAUGAAUAGGAAGCUGUCACUCAAUUAUCUACAACUUAAUGCGUCAGGAGUUAAAUCUUACAAGGAUGAUGGGUCUAGAAGAAGAAAUUCAAAAAAGCGUGGAAGUGAUAUGAGCUAUGACAGUUCUGAUAUCACAUCUGGACAGCCUCCUCUUUCAAAGAAUGACAUAAAUAAUAUUAGGCGUUCACAAGUUCCUCAAGUUAUUGACACAUUAUUUCAGCUUAAGGCAAGGGACAUGCUGCCAGCAAUUUGGUUUAUUUUUAGCAGGAAAGGAUGUGAUGCAGCUGUUCAGUACGUUGAAGAUUGCAAGCUCUUAGAUGAGUGUGAGAUGAGUGAGGUUGAACUAGCCUUGAAGAGGUUCCGCAUUAAGUAUCCUGAUGCUGUCAGGGAGACUGCUGUAAAAGGACUGCUGCAAGGGGUUGCUGCACAUCAUGCCGGCUGUCUACCAUUGUGGAAAUCAUUCAUAGAAGAACUGUUUCAGCGAGGACUUGUGAAGGUUGUCUUUGCUACAGAAACGCUUUCUGCUGGAAUCAAUAUGCCUGCUAGGACAGCUGUUAUUUCAUCCCUCAGCAAGAGAAGUGAUAGUGGGCGAAUCCAAUUACGCCCAAAUGAACUACUUCAAAUGGCAGGGCGUGCUGGACGUAGAGGCACUGAUGAAAGGGGUCAUGUAGUGCUUAUUCAGACUCCUAAUGAAGGUGCUGAAGAGUGCUGCAAGCUUCUAUUUUCUGGAAUCGAACCUCUUGUUUCGCAGUUUACUGCUUCGUAUGGUAUGGUGCUGAAUCUUCUGGCAGGUGCAAAAAUUAUUGGUAGAUCAAAUGAAUCAGAUGGCAUGAAAGCAAUACAAGAAGGACGUACUUUGGAAGAAGCUAGGAAGUUAGUUGAGCAAAGUUUUGGAAACUAUGUUGGCAGCAAUGUUAUGCUUGCUGCAAAAGAGGAGCUUACUAGAAUAGAGAAAGAGAUAGAGAUGCUGACUUUAGAAGUUAGUGAUGACGCCAUAGAUAGAAAAAGCAGGAAGCUUUUAUCAGAGGCAGCAUAUAAGGAGAUUGCAGAUCUACAGGAAGAAUUGAGGGCAGAAAAACGUCUUCGGACAGAACUGCGAAAAAGUAUGGAAUUGCAGAGAAUUUCUGCUCUGAAACCUCUUCUAAAGGAGUUUGAAAAUGGAAACCUACCUUUUUUGUGCCUGCAAUAUAAAGAUUCCGAAGGAGUUGAGCACUCUCUCCCUGCUGUUUAUUUGGGGAAGGUUGACUCGCUUGAUGGUUCAAAACUUAAGAACAUGGUUUCUGCUGAUGAUUCUUUUGCACUAAACGUUGUUAAAACAGAUUCAAAUGUUAAUGAUUGUCAAGUGAACCUAGAUGUUGAACCAUCGUAUUAUGUGGCCCUUGGUUCAGAUAACACAUGGUAUGUAUUUACAGAAAAAUGGAUUAAAACAAUUUACAGGACAGGCUUUCCUAACGUUGCCCUAGCUCAAGGGGAUGCUUUGCCUCGGGAAAUUAUGAGGAUGCUUCUCGAUAAGGAGGAAAUGAAGUGGGAGAAGCUUACUGGUUCUGAACUUGGCUGUUUAUGGCGGAUGGAGGGAUCUCUAGAGACAUGGUCUUGGAGUUUAAAUGUGCCAGUUUUGAGUAGUCUUUCUGAAAGUGAUGAGCUGUUACAAAUGUCAGAACCGUACUAUGAUGCUGUAGAACGUUAUAAGGAACAAAGAAAUAAAGUUGCACGUUUGAAGAAAAAGAUAGCACGUUCAAAAGGCUUUAAAGAAUAUAAGAAAAUCAUAGACAUGACCAAGUUUACUGAGGAAAAGAUUAAACGCUUGAAGACUAGAUCAAAACGUUUGACUAAUCGAAUAGAGCAGAUUGAACCAUCUGGUUGGAAGGAGUUUGUGCAGAUCAGCAAUGUAAUACAUGAAACAAGGACGCUGGAUAUCAAUACACACAUAAUAUUUCCUCUUGGUGAAACUGCAGCUGCAAUUCGAGGAGAAAAUGAACUUUGGCUAGCAAUGGUUCUCCGAAAUAAAAUCCUGCUAAACCUAAAGCCUGCACAACUUGCCGCUGUUUGUGCAAGUUUGGUUUCUGAAGGUAUUAAAGUUCGUCCUUGGAAAAAUAACAGCUAUAUAUAUGAACCUUCCACAACUGUAAUCAAUGUAAUCAACUUCUUGGAUGAGCAAAGAAACUCCCUUUUGCAACUUCAAGAAAAACAUGGGGUAAAUAUUUCAUGCUGUCUGGAUAGCCAAUUUUCAGGUAUGGUUGAAGCCUGGGCAUCUGGGUUGACUUGGAGGGAAAUGAUGAUGGAUUGUGCAAUGGAUGAAGGAGAUCUAGCACGCCUCUUACGACGGACUAUUGAUAUAUUAGCUCAGAUUCCUAAAUUGCCUGAUAUCGAUACACUGCUGCAAAGCAAUGCAAGGGCAGCAUCCAAUGUCAUGGAUCGUCCACCAAUCAGUGAGCUGGCUGGAUAAUGUCCUAAUGCCGCUAAACAGUAUUGGUAAAAUUUGCACAAUUUUUUCCUAUAGGAUCAAAACUUUUCUAAAGCAUUUGUAGAUCUAUUUAAUGAAUUCAAUUCAACUUUUGGUGCCCUGAACCAGCUUCACUUAUAUGUGACAUGUGGUUCAUGUUACACGUGUACUACCAGCAAAAGGCCCAUUUAUACUGUAUGUUUGAUUCCCAGUAAAGGGAAGCCUUCGACACUGAAUUUUGUACCCAUCAACCCCAAAAGGAAUGUUGGCUACACAAAUGCAACUACUCAGAUAUACACCACUGCCAGGGUUGUGCAUUGUUUGCUACUUGCUAAUAUUUAAAGACCAGACUAUUCCCAAAUGCUGUCAGCUGAAGAUGCAAGCUUACUUGCUACUUGUUAGUGAAAGGGGACAUUUCAAGGCAGCCAUUUUUGAUGAUACAGUUAUUAGUGUCUCUACUGGUAUGUUUGGUAAAAUGGAGAGAGAGGUGGAAGAGAAAGGAAAGGGAGAGGGGGAAGGGAAAGUAAGGUUAAUUUUUCUUUAGGGGUUUGGCUGUUUACAGGAAAUUGAAUGGAAAGAUAAUUAUGAUUAUGGAAAAUUAAA